AUGGGUGCAAACUCAAGCCUUUCGAGUAUUUACCCCAAAUAUAUAUUGGGAGAUGCAGAUGAAAGUAUUAUUGCUCUUGCUUGCAACGAUACUUCAGUUCUCGUAUUAAAAUCAGAUAAAACUGUUUCUAUUCUCGGCUAUGAAGGCCAAACAUUUACAAGAAAGCUAAACAUGCAGCCUACGUCAUGCUGUGCAACAUCUACUGGUGGAUGGGUAAUAGGUUUCAAGACUGGACAAAUAUCAGAAUUUGAUUCGAAUUUUUCAUUAAUGUUAUCAUAUCAUGCAGUCGGAGAUGCUCGUGCACAUAGCACUGAAGUAACUCACGUUCAUCAAAAUGCAGAUUCUGACUCUUCAAGCUGCUAUUUAAUUAGUAUCAGCGAAGAUGGCGUUUGCAAUCUUUGGGGAAAGAGAGGUCAACACUUAUACCAAUUCACAUCGAAAGCAGGACUUACUACCAUCGAAUCUUCUCAAUUUUUCGCUUUUCUUGGCGAUAAAAAUUCGAAAUUAUAUACAAUUUCUACAUCAUCAUACCAAACAUCUACAUAUCAAUUACCAUCGCCUGUGCGUUCAUUGUAUCCCCUUGGAGAAGGAUACGGAUGCCUUGCAACACUUCAAAAUGGAAAAGUUGCAGUUUUAUCAUCAACUCAUGUUGUCGAAACGUUUAAUAUGGAGAGAAAGUUUGUUCGUGUUGUGCCAUUAGCAAUUGAAGAAGGAACAGGUUUAAUAUCUUAUCUUGCUGUUGAUGAAGAAGGCAAAUUAGUACUUUGCGUGUUGAAUUCUAUUAUUGGCGAGAUUGGCGAUCAGGCCUCGCAUGUUGCAUACAAUACUUUUAACUUGGUUACGAUAUGGAAUGGAAAAUUAGCAGUUUUUGAUAGAGACAACUUAGUAGUUGCUUCUUUACAGUCCAUGCCAGAUGUGGAACUCCCAAGAACUGGCAUAGCAGAAAUGCUUAUGGGACAAAUGUAA